CUCACUUCCCUUCAUCUAGCACUCUGAAUUUUUGUUACUUUACUCUUUACUCUUUGCAAUGGAGUUGGAGAGCAUUCGAGGAUGUUUGGAGAACAAGACCAUCUUAGUUACUGGAGCCACUGGCUUGCUAGGAAUGGUUUUUGUGGAGAAAAUACUGAGAGUUCAGCCAAAUAUGAAAAAGCUAUACCUCCUCAUUAGAGCUUCUGAUGCCAAAUCUGCCACACAUCGCAUGCACAAUGAGAUCACAAGGAAAGAGCUGUUCAGAAAUUUAAGGAAGAAAUGGGGUGCAAAUUUUGACUCCUUCAUAUUAGAAAAAGUUGUUGCUCUUCCAGGAGACAUAACAUAUACAAGUCUACUAGGAGCAAACGAAAUCAGACUAAGGGACCAACUGUGCAAUGAGAUACAAAUCAUCCUUAACUCUGCAGCCACCCUCAAUUUUGAUGAGAGGUAUGAUGUUGCUCUGGACGUUAAUACAUUUGGAGUUUUGAAUGUGCUGAGCUUUGCAAAAAUGUGUUUAAGGCUAGAGAUACUUGUCCACAUAUCUACUGCUUAUGUAUGUGGUGAAAAGGCUGGGCUCAUAGUCGAGGAUUUCUCUUUAAUGGAUGAGCUAGUAAAGAGAAGCACUAAAUCCGACCUUGCAAUAGUGGAAAAAACCGUAGCAGACAAGAUAUUGAAAGAACUCAAAGCACAAGAUACUUCUGAAAAAUUCAUUACAAAGAGGAUGAAGGACUUGGGCACUACAAGGGCUAAGUUGUAUGGCUGGCCAAAUACGUAUGUGUUUACAAAAGCAAUGGCAGAAGUAUAUCUAGAACACUCGAAAGGUAGUGUACCGAUUACCAUUAUACGUCCAACUGUUGUUACUAGCACUUAUAAGGAGCCAUUUCCAGGAUGGAUUCAAGGUCUCAGAACCGUUGAUAGUGUAAUUAGUGGAUACUGGAGAGGGAACUUGACAUGCCUACCAAUGGAUCCUACCUCAGUGUUAGAUAUGAUUCCAGUUGACAUGCUAGUAAAUUCAAUAAUUACAGCAAUCGUAAUGAAUGGUAAUAAAUCUUCUGGAAUCAUCUACCAUGUGGGGACCUCAUUAAGAAACCCUAUAAAUAUGUCCGAGAUGAUGAAUUUUUUGUUCCAAUACUGCACCACAAAUCCACUGCUUCAUAAGGAUGGAAGCCCUAUCAAGAUUGACAGGCUGAAAAUGUUCAAGACUAUGGACACUUUUCGCUUCUACAUGCAAAUUCGCUUCAUGCUACCAUUAGAGGUAGUGAAGCUCCUAAAUAAAGAAUUUGACCAGUAUUUCAGAGAUGUGUACGUUAGCCAUAAUCGGAAGCUCACAUCGGUGAUGCGGUUAGCUGAGCUAUAUGAACCCUAUUUGCUAUUCAAGGCAAUCUUUGACGACACCAAUUCGGAGGAGUUGAGAAGGAUGGCAAGUAAGAAAUACACAGAUGCCGAAAUUUUCAAUUUUGAUCCAAAAUGCAUUAAUUGGGAAGACUACGUUAUGCGUACUCACAUCCCUGGCCUCUGGAAAAACGUUAUGACCAAGAAGAGUCACAGCCGGCUUUGAGGUUUACUAUAUAAUUUUUCUCAAAUUAAUUGUUGUUCACCGAUACAUAUGAUAUUGGAAUAAGGUCUAAAAAACUGAAGGUACUACGGUAUGACCAAGCAGAGCCUUAUCCGGCUAUAAGGCUUACUAUAUAAUUUUCCUUGAAAUAAAUUAAAUACAUACUAUAUUGUAAUAAGGUCUGAAAAUUUGAAAUUAUCAGCAGUUUUUUAUUUUAUUUUAUUGAGUCGACAAUAUUCAUUUGCUAUACCGAGUGGGUAAUGAGCAUCAAAAUGAU